GACAAAUUCACUUACUAUUCCUUCAAGAAAUUUUCUGUUGCCCUCCACCAUGUCGACUUUAUCCGAGGAUCCUUGGCCAUGGAAAGAACCCAAAACCAUCGGCCAGAGAGGGGCUUUCAUUGUCAUUGAGGGCCUAGACAGGGCUGGAAAGACGACACAAGUCAAAAGAUUGUGUGAUAAACUCUAUUCUCAGGGCCAUAAUAUCAAGACUUUACGCUUUCCAGACCGAACAUCUCCAAUUGGAAAAAUGAUAGACAGCUAUCUCCAAAGCCAAACGGAAAUGGAUGACCACGUAAUUCACCUACUCUUCUCCGCCAACAGAUGGGAGAAAGCGAAAUGGAUGGAAGAAACUCUCAAAAAAGGUUGCACAAUAGUCUGUGACCGUUACUACCACUCCGGCAUGGUGUACAGCGCCGCAAAACACAACCCAAAUCUUUCAUUAGAUUGGGCAAGGGCUCCUGAUGUUGGUUUACCAAAACCGGAUGCGGUAAUAUUCUUGGAUUUGGAGCCCGAAGAGGCAGAGAAGAGGGGUGGGUAUGGGGAUGAGAAGUACGAGAAGAAGGAAAUGCAACAACGCGUAAGGGAAUUAUUUUAUACCUUUGAAUCGGAUAUGAAGGUCGUUAAUGCUGGCGAGUCUCUCGAGAUUGUUGGGGACCAUAUUUUGGAGAAGAUUGAGGAGACGUUGAAGGACGUUUUGGAGGGGAGAUCGCGGGUUGGCAAGUUUGAGGCUUGAUGGGAAUUUAUUGAAUAGAGUGUUGAUACCCUGAUAUUCAUAUUUGAUUUGAAAGGCGUUGAGAUCAAGAGAAACGCCUACCUGAGCCUGGUGUUGAAGACCGUGAUUGUUCAUACCCCAUGUAGCUAAUGCCUUGAAAUGCAGCAAAAUCCCAACCCAUCUGGAUCACCGUCUAUUGAGUCCCACAAGACUGAAGAACUCGUUUCUGGUUUUCUCUCUCUUUUCUAUGCAGCCCAACACGCAACUCGUAAUUGUUGUGGCACUGGUCUUCUCCACCCCUCUCAUAACCAUGCAAAGAUGGCUGGAUUCCAUCACUACUGCAACUCCUUGUGGUUUGAGGACUUCCAUUACGGCGUG